CGUCAACCACCUUGGGAGUAAGAGUGGAAUUCACGCGCUUGUUUUUGGUUUUUCUGUUUUGCCCUAAUCGACUUCUGCGUAGAGAAAGGCGAGAAGGAGAGAGAAAAUCCGCCGAUAAGAUUCCGUACAAUCCGUCCGACUUCCCGUCUCUCGCCGGAUCUCCGUCGUUGUCUCCGAUUUUGAUUCGUGUUUUAUACUAGUGUUAAACGAUGGAUCCGAUGGAUAUAGUUGGAAAAUCUAAGGAAGAUGCUUCGCUACCGAAAGCUACCAUGACUAAAAUUAUAAAGGAGAUGUUACCAGCAGAUGUUCGUGUUGCUAGAGAUGCUCAAGAUCUUCUGAUCGAGUGCUGUGUAGAGUUUAUCAAUCUUAUAUCCUCAGAGUCUAAUGAAGUCUGUAACAAAGAGGAUAAAAGAACAAUUGCACCUGAGCAUGUACUCAAAGCACUACAGGUUCUCGGCUUUGGGGAAUACGUCGAAGAAGUCUACGCCGCUUAUGAGCAACAUAAAUAUGAAACCAUGCAAGAUUCACAGAGAAGUGUGAAAAUGAACAGCGGAGCAGAGAUGACGGAGGAGGAAGCAGCAGCGGAACAACAGAGAAUGUUUGCAGAAGCUCGAGCAAGAAUGAAUGGAGGUGUUUCAGUUCCUCAACCAGAGCAACUAGAAGAAACCCAACAGACAAAUCUACAAAGCUAAUCAAGAAAUACCGUAAGAGGGCAAAUUUUUCUUUUUUUUAACAUUAUCCUUUUGACUUUUUCCUUUUCUAGCAUCUCUCUGUAAAGUGCAAAAAUUCCUCGUCUUGGUGUUGAUAUGCUCUUUACAUUUUAACUUAGAUUUGUUUUUUUUUUAUCUUCUUUUGAAUCCAAAAUCACUUGGUGAUUCAGAUGUAAUUAGUAAGCAUUGUCAUGUUUCAGA